AUGAUGCGUUUUCGGAACGCAGUCCGAAUCUCAUUUGUUGUUGCUGUUGAGCUGUAUUUGUGACACAUAAUACAAAUUAUACAUCAAACUCACUGAACCACCUCCUAUUUUCCACUUAAGACCACUUUUUAAUUUUAUUUUAUUUGUUCAUGUAUUUUUACCCAAUUUUGAGCUGACAACUUCGUUUGGACACCUUUAAUUCCAAAACACAUCAAACAUUCCAAGAACAAUAUAAAUUGUUGGUAUUUUGGAUUGGGCGCAAAGAAGAGAAGAAGAAAAUCAGAGAGCUGCUCUAAUUAGCUGUUGUCACAAUGGAUGCAUCAAAUUUGGAAGAGAAAUAUAAGAAAUUAGCCGCUGAAUAUUCGAAGUUGAGAGCGCAGGCUGGAGUAUUGAAGCGUGCAGUGGUUGAAGAGCAAAACAAAAAUGCAACUCUACGGGAAGUGUUCCGAGUGAAUGAGACGAAUUUGCGACGAGCCGAACAGGAAGUGGAUAGCUUGAGUUUUCGUAAUAAGCAAUUGGAGCUUCGUUGUGCAAGUCUACAAGAUGACUUAAUCAAAGAUGCAUCGAAAAAAGGUGGCAAAAAUGCCAAAUCAAAAGACAAAACGUCAAAUGUGAAUGCAACACAAAUGUCAACGGAUGAUGGGUCCGUGUUGAGUGAGGAAUUUCAGAAGAAAAUUUUCGAAUGCGCGCAGCUGACAUCAAGUAUUGCCGAUAAAAAUACAGAGAUUCAAUUGCAGGCAAAUCGAAUCGAAGAGCUUGAAAAUUUACUCAGAUCUAUGAAUGCUGAACAAACUGAAACCGAAACCAAAUUACGCAGAGAAGUGGAACGAUUAACGGUGAAAACGCAUGAUUUGGAAGCAAAACUGGCAGAAGCCACCAGUAUCGUUGGUAGCGAUGACACACUUUAUGUGUCCGAAUUAGAGCAACAAAAAUCAAUAAACAGCUGCAGCACCGGCGGCGGUGGCAACAACAAAUUGGAUGAACGUAUUUUGGCACUGGAAAAGGAUUUGAUCCAUUGGCGAACACAAUGUGAAAUCCUCCAAAUGAAGGGUAAACUAGACAAGAGCAAUGCAAAUGCCAUCGAACAGAAUAAAAUCGAUACGGAUAACAUGAAAAAUGCGGAAAAUGAAAAAACUACACUCGGAGUGACGGUUGGAGAACGGUUGCUCAUAGAAAAUUACUCAAAGAAAAUUGAAGAUCUACUUACGGCUAAGUGUUUGGCCGAAUCCAAGUUGGCCAUGUAUAUUGAAGAGUGUGAUUCACUCCAGAAACAUCUGGCCAUUGUAAAUAAUGAUCUCAAUGAAGAGGAGCGAAAGUUUAGAGUUUCUCAACGUGAUUUGCAAUUGGCUGACGAAGACUUGGCCACCACCCGAAUAAACUACGAGGAGCAAAUCAGCGUACUCACCGAGCAAGUGAUUUCGUUAAGUGAUCAAUUGGCUGCAUUGAAAUAAAAUUUUCGCAUGAAUCACUCAUCCCAAACCAAAAUCAAGCUAUUUUUCGUUCCUCUGCAGAUCAGAUUAAAACACACAGACACAGACACAGACACUCACACUCAACCGAAGGAGCAAUAUGAACUUUCUUUGUUAAUCAAAUACAAAUAUUUUAUUUUAUCUCGAUUUGAAUUUUAGAUGUGAUAAAAUUACAAUGAAAAAGAAAA